UUCAUAGCGGCCAUUUUUUGCUAGUGGAAAUUUUCACGCUAUCCGGCGUUACCGCAAAAUUUUGCAUUUAAAUUCAUAGUUCGAUAAAGUUUUACAAACUACUAAGCAAAAUGGGCGUUGAAGUUAUUCCAAUUUCUCCUGGAGAUGGCAGCACAUACCCGAAAAAGAAUCAAACCGUCGUUGUCCACUACACCGGAACAUUGCAAGACGGGUCAGUAUUCGACUCUUCCCGAAACCGCGGAAAACCAUUCAAAUUCUGCAUCGGAAAGGGCGAAGUAAUCAGAGGCUGGGAUGAAGGUGUUGCCAAGAUGUCUGUUGGAGAACGCGCUAAAUUGGUCUGUUCUCCAGACUACGCUUACGGUAGCAGAGGUCAUCCCGGUGUCAUUCCACCGAAUGCCGUCUUGACUUUCGACGUUGAGCUCCUCAAAUUGGAAUAGAUUAAUAGACUGCCUUUUUUAUCCAAAAAAAUGAACAGAAAAGUAAUUUUUUCCAACAAUUUAACACGUAACAUUCUUGCAACCAAAUUUUUGAAUAAAAAUAGCUCGCAAAUGAGAAUCUACAAUUAAUGAUGGUAAAAAUAUUUAAUUAUAAACACUACAACUAAAGUAAUAUCCUUGCAUUCUUUUCGUAUAACAAAUACAUUUUUGUGAAUAAUUCAUUAAUUUCUUUCGACCAUUGUUAUUUGUGAUUCUGUGGGUGGAAAUGGACGAAACUUUAAUUAAUAAAUUAUUCGAUUCAUCUCUAAAA